GCUCCAACUGGAGGGGCUCCACCUUCGGGGAGGAACUGGGGAGGAGCCAACCCGGAACACCCUGGUAGGAUAGAUAAGGCGUGCCCCAGGGAGGGUGUGGAGGAGUUUUCUGAGAUUUCUGGCAGGCCAUGCAAUAAAGCUGCUGCUUGUUCAUUCCGGUGUACUGCCUGGUGAUUCUCCUCUCGCAUCCCCCGAGAGGAGCCGGAGACGUCCGAAGACCCGAGGGCAGGAUGACGCCACAGGAGAACAAGUCUGGGUGCCCAUCCGCCAGGUCCGUGAGGUUGCGCCCCCGUCGACGCCCAGGGAAGAACAGGACUGUCCAGAGAAAGAGGGCUGCCUUGAACAACGCCCUUAGCUGCCUGCUUGCCAUGAUCCAGUUGGCGACCCCAUCCACAGCUGCUCCUGCCGUCUUGCCACCCCUGGCAGUGACUCCCACGCAUUGGGCCCUUACCCCAAAUCUCCCGAUGUUCCAGUUGGUGACCUGCAGCCCAUCCUGUCUGUGUAACCCCUAUUCCCUACCAUGUUUCCCAGUAUGCACAAUUAGAAAGACUUCUAGCACUGCCACUACUUUCACCACUGAACUGCACAUGUUAGAUGAGGCCAUUGCGGCCAUACAGACUGCCACUAUACAAUUCAAUGGCGACUGGGACAAGAACUGUAACAACGCCAAGGACUGGUGGGACACUCUUCAUGUCCAUCAAUUACUCCAAUGGGCCUCCAUUGGGGGAAUUUUCCUCGUACUUGCCUUUCUCAUCUGUUUGUGCCUGCCCUGCCUGAUUUCUUGUAUGUUUGGGGUAUUGUGCCGCUCCUUAGAGGCUGUGAAAGCCGAUGUCAUAAAACAAAAAGGGGGAGUUGUUAGGGGCGCUCUGGACCUGGGCCUCCUGAAAAGGUAG